AUGUGUGAUGGUGUUGCGAACUUACAAGCUGCAUUUCGGGAAUUCUCUCGUAAUAAUAUUGAACGCAUCCAUUGUCUUGCUCAUAAAAUUCAUUUGAUAGUAUGUAAUGGUCUCGGCCUAUGGGUGGCACCAAAAAUUGUUAUCAACGAUGAAGAUAUUGAGGAGCAGGAGAAGAAUGGAAGUUCAGAUGAUGAGGAAGAUGAAAGAUUAAGCCAGAAUAUGGUUAACAUAAGAAUUGACGACGAUAUGCGAUCAGUAUUGUCUAGCCAACAAUCAAAUGAAAAUCAGGAAGAACAUGGCGAGGACGAGAAUAUGGAUGACGAUUCGGAUGAAAAUCGAGAGUUGGAAGAAUCAGACGAAGAAUUAUAUGAAGAUAAUUUUACGGUGGGACUUAUCGAAGAUGUUGACAAUCGAUCGGUUGGUGAAAAUGGAGCAAUAGUUGCUUUUCUUCAAAAUGAGGAGAAUGAAGAAGAACUAACACAACAAUUAAAACAUUCAUUGUUAAAAAAAAUUAAACAAUAUGUUACCUAUGAUAGUGAUCAAUUUCAAAAACUAAAAUUAUAUGGCUAUUUCGAUCCGAUCGGCUUUUCUGUAUUAACAAACAACGAACGUGCAUCGAUCGAACGACAAAUAAAAGAAAUUUAUAAAGGUGCACCGUACAUCAAUGCACAACAACCACCAAUAAAUUCUACACUUUCCUCAUCAACAACCUACAAAACAAAAGAUCGAAAAGCAAAAUCUUCUCUAUUCACAUCCGAACAGUUUCUUGAAUCCGUUGGUAAAGAAGCUAAUGGAACAACAAGCAAAGUUAAGCCAUCGUCAGUUCAAGAUGAAAUUAAAAUAUACCGACAACUGGCAGCGAAAACAGUAUCAGAUGAGACGUAUGAUAAAAAUGCCUUAUCAUUCUGGAGAAGGAAUUGUAAUCAAAUACCGAUAAUGGUCACCAAACAACUUCAAAUGAACAAUCUAACUAAUAAAACAUUUGAUCAAGUAUCAAGAAUUGGUGAAAAGAUUGAACGUCGUCUUUCACAAAGUAAUAGUUCCGAUAAUUUGAAACGCAGUGGUAGUGGACUAGAAUUAUCAGCAACCUCUGUUGGCGCCUUUGGAAACUAUAAUAAUUAUAGUCAGCAACAGCAACAAGUGCAGGCUUAUGGUUACGGUGGUGAAAAUCAAGGAGCUUAUGGAGGAAACUACGGUGGCCAAUUUAGAGCAAUAAAGAGUAGUCCAUUCAGGACGUACAGGCGGUAUGGCAGGUAUAUCUCGAAAGUCAGACGAAGACGACGCUGUUUUGAUCAAAAAUUAUUUUCUAAGCAAAGAGCUUCUUUCGCAGAAGUUUUGAUUUCAGUAGAAAAUACGUGAAAGGAACUUUUUGAAAGGUUGAUUUACUUACCGAAUGUCCCAUGCAGUUUAACAUUUGGUUAUGAAUCUAAUCUCUUCUAGUGGAAAGUACUGUUCCUGGACUAGGUAUGCUCGACCUCGGUAUCCAUACCGAAACCGAAAAUUCCAACUUUUUUGGACUUUUUCAUUUGAAAUGUUUCUGUUUUUCCUUUUAUUAAAUAUUCGUCGUCGUUUUUACAAAGUACAUAUAUUUUUUAUAUAUAAAAUAAAACUAAAAUUUCAAAAGAUCUCUUUUCGUUAUUAUUUAUUCAAGCAACAUUCUCUUAUUAUUUCUCGCGCUUUAUUUCACCUUUCGUACUCCUGUUAGUACACAAAAAAAUUAAAAGAUCAAAAAACCAACUUUUCAAAAGAAACUUGGUAAGCUUUUCCUUUCCUUUUCGUUAUCUUUCCGCUUUACUUCUCUUCUUCUUCGAUUUAUUGUUAAUUGUAAAACACCCUCACCCUCACCCUUUUUUCAAUAUAUCACCAAUAUGGACAUCUUUAUUGCCUCACAGACCACGUCUCUCCACAAGUUUGAACUGUAGGAAGAAAGAUUCACAUUUGUUUUCGGCUUUUCUUUCAUUACUUGAUAGACUGUAUGGAAAUGCAUUGAUGGUAAAAAUUUCACUUUUUCAUUCAGGGUCAUUGUAAAGGGAUUAUGGAACUUUCGUCACACCACACUUUCGUCAUUAUGACGAACGCACUUUUGUCAUACAUGACGAAAGUUCCUUGGGGGGAGGUACUCCUCGGGAACUGUCGUCACCAAAGUGUGAAUUUUCGUCACACACACGAAAAAUUUCGUUGCAUGAGGCGAAUUUUCGUCACAGUAGUGGUGAACUUUCGUCA